AUGCCUCCCCACGUGGCGGAUUCCCCUGCCAAGAAGCAGAGCAAGUGGUCACCUGAGGAGGAUGCUCUGAUCAUCGAGCUCCGAGGAAGCGGUAUGAAAUGGGAGGACAUCUCAAAGCGUCUGCCAGGACGUAGUGCCAUAAGCUGUCGGCUUCACUAUCAGAAUUAUCUAGAGAGGCGGAGUGAGUGGGAUGAGGAACGGAAAAACAAGCUUGCUAGACUGUAUGAAAGGUUCAAACCAGAAAUGUGGGCGAAAAUAGCAGAGGAGAUGGCCGUUCCGUGGCGGGCUGCCGAGGCAAUGCACUGGCAGUUGGGAGAAGCUGAUAUGGCGCGUCGGGCGGGCGUUGUUCCUUUCUCAUUGGCAUCUGCCAGCGUCGACCAGGGUCAAGGGGGUGCUCGCAAUACCCCUUCCCGCAGACACGCGCACUCGCAAUCACAAGGCAGUGUCCCUCGAGAGCUUUCCGGGGCAACACCACGUUACGGUCGGGCAGCGGGAAUCUCGCCUCUAACAGGCGGCCGAACACUGACCUCAAGACGAGAAAGCCUUCUUCCUCCUCUCUCUCUUCCUCCACCACCGACUCCCCCUCCCAUAGUUGCCGACCCAAACGAGGGACUCCCGAUGGGUGCCGCGGGAUCUGGACUUCCACCGAUACAUAGUCACCCACCGCCGCGUGGACAGGAUUCGCUCCCUGGUCUGGCGGAGUUAACGACGGGUGUAAGUCCUUACAACACGCCUGCCUAUUCGAUGGCACCACCUGGCAUGAGCCCCGGCCCCCCGACAAAAGCCAGUCCGGGGUCUUUUCUUCCACCGGUCCAGUACCAGCAACCACACGAACCGACGAGAUAUAAGCGACGAGCAAGUCCCGGAACCGACAUGGGACAUCGAGAGACGAGCCGGCGAAGACACUGA